CAAACAGCGAUUUCAGGUGUCAUUCUCUCGUCUAAUACCUCCAGGCAAACUUCAACUUGACUUCUUACUUCUGCUUUGAACCUGUUUGAAAGGGAAAAAAGAAAUUUCUUGAAUAUUCUUGGUCCAAUUUCUCAUAGGUUUCACAGCAAGAGAAAGUUGUAGUGAACAAAAUCAAGUAAUGAAAUCUGUCAUUGGAUUUUUGCUCUUCUGCUGUGGACUGGCGCAUUUAGCCGCCAGUCUAGAAUGCCCAGCCUGUGACCUUGAUUCAUGUCCUUAUGGCUUAAGUGAGACAAUUGGUGAAGACGGCUGCCCGACUUGCGCAUGUUUAACGUGUGAAGACUGCUCAAGCGAAUGUUUGUUCGGUUUUACAGACUAUGAUACAGAAGGAUGUCCCGAUUGUUCAAGCUGCCUCAAAAAGCCUGCAGGAUCAUGCACUGAAGUUGAAUGCUAUAAAGAACACUUUUUCUGCAAUGAGAUACAAAGGUGUAAUACGGAUGCUGAAUGCGUCACCGAAGCCAGAUGCACACCAAAAAUAUUGACUGAAUUUUGGUGUUCUCAUAUCUGUCCUCUAUUCACCAAGCCCAACCAACCAUUUGCCGCCGAAUGCGAAAAAACAUGCAAAAAAUCACAUUUAUCAUUAUGUUCUCAAGCUAACUGCAAGGAAAACGAGCACUGUGAAUUAGAAAAGCUAACUUGUCCUGCUAAUGAAUUAUGCAAAGCAAAAGCCGUUUGUGUUCCAAAUAAUUGCUCUUAUCCGAUGUAUUGUCCUCUAGAAUGUAAGCACGGCUUAAAAAGAUUGGAAAACAAGUGUCCUCAGUGCGAAUGCAAAAUUCCAUCUUGUAAAGAUAUUACCUGCAAAGAUGAUUAUCUAUGUGUCGAAAAAGAGGUUUGCUUGGGUGAAACCGACGCAGAUUGUUAUCAAGAAGCUAAAUGCAUUCCUGCUACAUGCGAGAAUGUUCAAUGUGCUUCAGGCUUCAUUUGUAAGCAAGAAGAUAUUAAAUGCGUUUCACCACCUUGCACAGAAGCACUUCCAAAAUGCGUUCUUGAAACUUGUGAUAAUAUUGACUGCGGUAAUGAGUUUGACUGCAUUCAUUCCACUGAAGGUUGCUCUCUAUCAGUUUGUCCAAAAUGCGUGCCACACAAAGACUGCUCUAAGAUGACUUGCAAACCUGGAACAGUUUGUAAAAUAAUAAAGCCUGAAUGCCCCGAGUGUACCUGUUCCGAAGGUAUGUCUCCAGACUGUGUUCCCAACUCUGAAGGUUGUGACAAAGAUUGCGAAAAACCAUAUGCUACUUGUGCCCCUAACUGCAAAGAAGUAGAAUGUCCUGCUAAUUGCAAAUUUGGUUGCUUAAAAACCGUUGGCGGAUGUUUAACAACAAUUUGCGCUCCACCCAGUGAUUGUGAUUCGCUCGAAUGCAAAACUGGAGAAAUUUGCCAAGUUACAACCCCUGAUUGCGAUUCAGAAGGUCCGUGUGCUUCAAUGAUUGCUACAUGCGUAAAGUAUUGUCCUGAUCUCAGCUGUACUAAAUCUCAUGACAUUUGCCCAUGGGGAAUGAAGUUAGAUAGCAACGGCUGUCCAACUUGUGAGUGUAAUAAACCAGAUUCAUGCGAUCAGAUCAAAUGCCAUGCCGAUAAUAUGUGUAGGGCUAAGAAUGAUGAAAUUUCAUGCCAAUCAUGUGGAAUAGUGGAAUGUCCAAAAGAAUGCCCACAAGGUCAAGAGCGUAUGGUUGAUCAUUUCGGUUGUACAGUCUGUGAUUGUACACCAAGCGACGUAUGUGAAGAUGUGACCUGUUCGAUAGGAAAAGAGUGCAUUGUUCAGAAAUUGGACUGUAAGCAAAAUGAUACUAAUUGCCAAUCUUGGAAAACCAAGUGUGUCUGCAUACAGCAAGAUUGCCAUAAAUUUUGUGAGAAUGGCUUCAAAAAGAAUCCUCUAACAGGAUGUGACACAUGUGAAUGUAACGAUGAUCUCCCUACUUGUGAAGAUAUUAAAUGUCCCACAGGUAAAACAUGUGUUGUUUCACCCACAUGUACGGGUAGCGGAUGCCCACUACCAAAACCAGUCUGUGUGAUCUGUCCAAAAUUGGAAUUGUGUCCACAGUGUAAUUUAGGAUUUAGGAGAGAUAUUGAUGAUAAUGGCUGUAAAACUUGCAAGUGUAUACCAGAUUGUGGCGAACUAUUUUGCGACAUCAAUUGUGGACCUGAAGGUCACGAACAAGAUGCAAGUGGCUGUCCUACUUGCAAAUGUAAUCCAACAGAGGUUUGCGAGGGUUUCCAAUGCCCCGACGAGUAUGAAUGUCGGCAAAUGCUGAAGAAAGGAAAACUAUUCCGUUUCUGCAAAGGCGCCAAAAAAAUUGAUGUGAUUCCAACUCCGAUUUAAAGUCGAUAGCAUCAACAAAAAUUUCCUAAACGAUUGAAGAUUAACUCUAUAAACUUGUGAAAGAAAUAAUUUUUCAAUUAUAGGAAAAAAUAAAAAAAUUUACAAAUGUAAAACUGAGUUUGUAACGAAUUGUUUAAGUAUUAUUGAUAUACAUUGGCAUAUAUAGAUCUGUACCUAUAAUAUGUUCAUAAAGGGUAGGACUGGUGUUAAUGAAUAGAAGUAGCUUUUAAUGAAGAUAAA